CCGGACGGCUCCGUCUCAUCCCGCACCGUCAGUCAAGCGUGCUCGGCUGCGACAUGACCAGAGCCCCGCAGACCUGGCCACUCAAAUAUGGAGCAGUUUAAAGCGAUCAUUUUGGUGCUUUGGAUAUUAUUGCUCUACAGAAUUGAGGAGUCCCGUGCAGAGGAAGUUGUCUUGCUGAAUUCUAAGGAAUCCCAGGCAGAGCUGGGUUGGACCUCAUAUCCUUCUAAUGGGUGGGAGGAAAUCAGCGGUGUCGAUGAGAAAUACAAGCCCAUUCGCACAUAUCAAGUAUGCAACGUGAUGGAGCCCAGUCAGAACAAUUGGCUCCAGACGGGUUGGAUAUGGCGGCAGGGCGGCCAGCGCAUCUUCAUCGAGCUGCAGUUCACCCUGCGCGACUGCAACAGCAUCCCAGGCGUGUCCGGUAGCUGUAAGGAGACCUUCAACCUCCUCUACGCCGAGUCUGACUGGGACCUGGGCCGCGUCACCCGCGAAGACCGCUACAGCAAAAUCGACACCAUUGCGGCGGAUGAAAGUUUCACGCAGGGCGAUUUGGGAGAACGAAAGAUGAAACUUAACACCGAAGUCCGUGAAAUAGGACAUCUCAAUCGCAAAGGAUUCCAUCUGGCCUUCCAGGAUGUGGGCGCAUGCGUAGCGCUGGUUUCCGUGAGAGUGUACUACAAACGCUGUUUGUCAACAGUGCAGAAUUUAGCAGUGUUCCCAGAUACGGUAGCUGAAGCUGCCUUCUCGACUCUGGUGGAGGUGAGAGGGUCAUGCGUGAAUAACUCUGAGGUGGACACGGACAGUCCUCCCAGAAUGCAUUGCAGUGCUGAAGGGGAGUGGCUGGUGCCCAUCGGCAAAUGCAGCUGCAGCGCUGGGUAUGAGGAGGGACACAGCAGCUGUGAGGCCUGUCCCCCGGGCACCUACAAGAUGUCGUCACGGCAGCAAGAGUGUUUCCCGUGUCCAGCUAACAGCAAGGCUGAAGAAGAGGGCUCUGUGCUGUGUGUGUGCGAGGACGACCACUUCAGAACUCCACUGGACCCUCCAUCCGCACCCUGCACGCGCCCCCCCUCUCCGCCUCGAGAUCUGGUCUACACCCUCAAACAGUCCACGCUCAUUCUGGAGUGGGCCGCUCCGAAUGACUCAGGCGGCCGAGGGUAUCUCACCUACAGCAUAGGCUGCCGGCGAUGCGUCGGCCCCCCGCGGGCCCCGCAGGUGCAGUGUGAACCCUGCGGAGCCAGCGUGGGCUUCGUACCACAGCAGAGCGGCCUGACGGAGUGCACAGUCACCAUAGUCAGCCUGCUGCCCAACUCCAACUACUCCUUCAGCGUGGAGGCCCGGAACGGCGUCUCAGAGUUACUCCCCAACAAAAGGUUCUACACGCAGGUCAACAUCUCCACCAGCCUUCCAGCGCCUUCCCAGGUUAACGAGCUGCGAGCGGAGAAGGUUGAGCAGCGCAGUGUGACUCUGGUUUGGAGGGAACCCGCCGUGUAUCCCAACAGCAGCCGCACUGAAUACGAGAUCAAAUACUAUGAGAAGGAUCAGAAAGAUCAGAGCUAUUCCACGGUGAAGACGGCCGCCACCAGAAUCAGCGUCAACAACCUGAAACCAGGCACCACCUAUGUCUUCCUCAUCCGCACCUGCUCCAGCCCAGCACUUUCUUCUCUUUCUUCCUCGCCUCUUUCUUCUUCCUCCUCCUCCUCCUCUUUGUCUCCAUCUUCCCUGUCUGCUUCCUCUUCCUCUUCCAGCCCCGUGGCAGCUGUGUCGCCCCCUCCGCUCGACUACGGGGCAUACAGCGCACCGCUGGAGCUGCAGACGCUGGGGGAACUGGCCCUGGCCUCUAGUGAACAGAGUCCUGUGGUGAUCAUCGUGGUGGUUUCGGUGGCUGCUCUCAUCAUGUUACUGACUCUUGGAGUUGGAUUGCUCAUCUGGAGAAGACAGUGUGGCUACAGUAAAGCCAGCCAGGAGGGGGAUGAUGAACUCUACUUCCAGUUUAAAAUCCCAACCCGAAGGACCUACAUUGACCCAGAAACCUGUGAAGAUUUGCUCCAGGCUGUUCAUGCCUUUGCCAAAGAGCUGGACAUCGCUAGCAUCAAGAUCGAGAGGAUAGUCCAUACAGGAGACUUUGGGGAAGUGUGUCGAGGUUGCCUGAAGCUUCCCAGCAAACGCGAGUUGCCUGUGGCCAUAAAGACCCUUCGUGCGGGCUGCUCGGAAAAACAGAGACGCUCAUUCCUCAGCGAGGCGGGAAUUCUGGGACAGUUCGAUCAUGCCAACAUUGUGCGUCUGGAGGGAGUCAUCACCAGAGGCAACACUAUAAUGAUCGUAGUGGAGAGCAUGGCCAACGGAGCCCUGGACUUUUUCCUGCGGAAACACGAAGGUCAGUUGACUGUUCUUCAGCUGGUGGAUUUGCUGAGCGGAGUGGCGUCUGGGAUGAAGUAUCUGACAGAGAUGGGUUUUAUCCAUCGCCGACUGGCCGCUCAUAAAGUCCUGGUGAACAGCAGCCUGGUCUGCAAAGUGUCAGGCUUCAGACCUCUUCAGGACGACAAGAUAGAGGCGGUCUACAGCACACUACACGGAGGGAAGAGUUUGGUGUUGUGGAUGGCCCCAGAAGCCAUUCAGUACCAUCGUUACAGCUCAGCUUCUGAUGUGUGGAGCUUCGGUAUCGUCAUGUGGGAAGUCAUGUCCUUCGGGGAGAGACCGUACUGGGACAUGGGCAACCAAGACGUAAUAAAAGCUAUAGAGGAUGGGUUCCGGUUACCUGCUCCCGUGAACUGCCCGCCGUCUCUGCACCAGCUCAUGCUGGAUUGCUGGCAGAAGGAGAGGACCGAGAGACCCACCUUCACCCUGAUCCACAGCGCUCUCAGCAAGACCAUGAGGAGCCCGGACAACAUCGGGUCCUCCACCCUGGGACGCAGGUACUGGAAAGCUUCUCAUGGUUCCCAUCUCCUUGCAAAUCAUCCCGUUUCCACUUUCCCAUUCAGUUGGAGAGUGGUUAGAAGCUGUAGACAUGGGCCGCUACAAAGACAACUUCACUGCUGCUGGAUACUGUUACCUGGAGUCAGUGGCUCGCAUGACCGUUCAGGAUGUGCUGAGUCUCGGCAUCACCUCUCUGGAGCACCAGAAACAGAUCCUGUCCGCCAUCCAGACUCUCAGAGCGCAGGUUAUCCAGAUGCACGGCCGCGGAGUGCAAGUCUGACAGACCCACAGCAGUGCGCAGGCUUACCGAGGAAAGACAUAUGGAUGUCUGUUCUCAUAAUUACCCAGCAGGCCAUUCAACGGUCAGGAGGUGAUAACCAAGACACUGCAAAUGGCGGUUUUCUUCCUAAUCUUCCCUUUUUCAUUCCUUUAUCUUCUCUUUGGGUGAACACUGGUUCUUUUCUUCCACAAACAAGUUCUUGUUUUCUGAGGGGGACAAUAUCACAAGCAAGAGGAUUCCUCUAGAAUAACCUGCGUGCUGAGUUUGACCUGCUUUUCUUCCGCUGUUCAUCAAUGACAUGAGCUCUGUCCCUUUUAGUAGGACUUUAAGGUGGUCGAUGCCCUCCGUCACUGUCCCCGGAGAAGGACAGUUUGACUCUGACCGAUCUCAGAGCAAUCAAAAGGGCGACAUGUAUUUUCUUUUUCCAAGCAAAAGAACUCAUGCUUUGUAGCCACUGAUCCUCCUAUAAAGUGGACUAAACCGAGAGCAUGUCAUCCAUUUGCUCCUCAGACUAGGAGAGCAUUUUGCCGUAUCUUCAGCACAUAAGUUGAGUACUGAUAUAAGGAAUCUUAAAUAAUAUAUAAAUCCCUUUCUCUGUGUGUUUGGUUACUGUCUACUUUUUUCUUUUUGCUUUCUUUCCUCCACACUUUAAACUCAUUUCUGAAUUUCCGAGUUUAAAUUAGUAUUGUCGGACAUCUGUAAUCGUAAUGUUUUUCUUGUCCUGUCUACUAUAGGGACAAUGUUUGCACUGCAGCGUCCAUGAUUUACAGAAACUUGUACCAUAUUUAUUAGAUGCUUUAUUUAUCUGUUUACAGAUGCUUACUGGAGUUUGAAUGCAGGAAUAUUGCUUGAAAAUGGAAAACAUAGCACUGAAUCUGGACGUUCAGCUGUCAUUU